CUUGCGUCAUUACUUCAAUCAGUCGCGCAAAGUUUUGACCGGGACUCCGCGGAAUGGCCUCUCGACCGAUUUCGUUCGUUACCGGCAACGCCAAGAAGCUAGAGGAGGUCCGUGCCAUCCUAGGGGCCGCCUUCCCGCGGGAGAUUGUGGCGGUGAAGCUGGAUCUGCCCGAGCUGCAGGGUGAGGUGGACGAUAUCUGCCGGAAGAAGUGUCUCGAGGCGGCUCGCAACGUGAAGGGACCGGUGCUGGUGGAGGACACGUGUCUUUGCUUUAACGCGCUGAAGGGAUUGCCGGGCCCCUACAUCAAGUGGUUCCUGGAAAAGCUGGGCCCGGAGGGGCUGCACAAGCUGCUCGACGGCUGGGAGGACAAAUCGGCGCAAGCCGUGUGCACCUUUGCGUACGCGCCGGACGAACAGGGCGAGGUGCUGCUGUUCCAGGGCCGUACCGAGGGCGACAUCGUGUUUCCGCGGGGAAGUCGCGACUUUGGCUGGGAUCCCAUCUUCCAGCCCAAGGGGUACGACAAAACGUACGCCGAGCUGCCGAAGGAGCGCAAAAAUGAAAUCUCGCAUCGCUUCCGGGCGCUGGACAAGCUGCGGGAGUACUUUGGCGGUGAGGAGAAGAAGUGAAUGAGUUGCAAUGAUGAAGAACAUGUGAUUGCAUCUCGAAUUGCAUCAUAUUUAUGUAAUUCGAAAAAAUAAACAAUAAGACUAUCGCUAGGCUAUCGUUUCAAAAAAGAAAUACAAAAUGCAGUUUUAAAAUCA